GGAAAUAAUAUGGCGCUUGAUUAUAGAAGGCACGCGGGUCUAUAUUUUUACCAAAAGUUCGUAAUGUGUAGAUGUUAAUAAAUUCCCCAUUAAGCAAAUAAAGAAUUGAUCUAAUACGAUAUCGGGAUUGCCUAACAAAUUGUUAAAAACGAAAGAAAAUAUAAAAACGGUUGACAAAGCGCAAAGUGCUCUUUUCACCACACUGUCAACAAAAUGACAGAAUUGUGGGAAAACAGAAACGCGGAAUAAUAAAACUAAUGGCAAUACAAAAUAAAAUAAAAUUGACUUAAUACGUAUUACUAUCGUCAAAUUGUAAAAAUAGUGCUUGAGAAAAACAAAUAACUUAUUCUCUGGUAUUAGCACAAUUUUGACGAAUGCGGGAACCAAAAUCAAAGGCUGCAGCCAUCGUACGUUCGCAUUAAUAUAAUGACUGAAUUUGAGGAAGGACUAUUCGAGAAACGUUUAGAAGGCUUAAAAGACAGCCAAGAAGGAAUACAGCACUUAUCGACAUGGUGUUUGACCCAUAGAAAAUUUCAUAAGAAAAUCGUAGCUUCCUGGCUAAAUGUGUUUAAAAAAGUGAAUAUUGAACAUAGACUUACACUAUUCUACUUAGCCAAUGAUGUUAUUCAAUAUAGCAAAAGGAAAAAGUAUGAAUUUGUCGAAAGUUGGGCAACUGCAUUACAAAAAGCCACAACGAUGGUCAGAGAUGAUAAAGUCAAAAAUAAAAUACUGAGAAUAUUUCAUAUAUGGGAAGAACGCGAUGUAUAUAAUGAAGAAUACUUGAGUGAUUUAAGAGGGUUAUUAAAUAUAAAGCCCCUUAAAAAAACUCGCAACCCGAUAGAUAUAUCAGAUUUUCAGCAUACGAACAUUGUUGGUAACAUUCGAGAAUGUAUGGCUUUGUCAACUUGCACAGAUAAGAGUUUCAAAAAUAUUCCCAAAGGACCUAAUUAUGAUUCUGAUGAUGUAAAAUCUAUACAUUGUUUGGAAAUCUAUAACUCUAACUUGUUAAUCGAAAUUAAUAGUAGGAAGGCAUUACUUUCUAAUUUGGAAACAGCUAUUAAGUUCUAUACACAUCAGCGAGGCGAAGUCAAAGUUGUAGUCAAUGCAUAUAAAAACUUUGGAUCUCGAGUAAAACAAGUAAAAAAAAAACUGGACGAUAUAUUACCGAGUUUGUGUAGUCCUAUACCAUCGCCUGAUAUCGAUGCUCCUUCGCCAGAACGAGAUGCAGAUUUGCAAUUACCUGAUGAACAGUCAUCGAUAUCAAUAAAUAUGAUAAAAAGUACAUUUAAUGGAUAUACAAGUUAUUUAGACGGAAAUUUACCAUUUGAUAUAAAUGAUUUCAAAAGUGAUGACAUCGCAUCAAAAACUCCAAGUAAUAAAAAUGAGAACAUUCACGUUUAG